UCUUUUUUGUAACUAGUUUUAACUUUACGACAUUUAAAACAAAUAUGAAAGAUAAUUCAAGGUUCUCAGACAAGAGUAUUUUUCCAGAUUAGCUUUUUAAGGGAAGAUUUUUUUUUACCGACAAUAUUAUCUAAUAUCCUAAAAAACAAAUUGAGUAAUUUGGUAAAAGUUGUCAUAUUACAAGCAAUCAUCAAGCUUUGAAAGUAAACAAUGAACUGUGUUUUUUCUAUAAAAUGUUCUUAAACACCUUUCAAUUAUAGUCUAAAUCUCACAACUGAGUUAGCAUACUUUAAAAAUGAAUCCUUAUAUAUAUCUUCUACUAUUUAAUAUAAUUUUACUAGAUGGGGUGUUCGCUAAUAAUAAAGAUCAAAAUAAAUAUAAUGGUUGUAAUGACGUUUUAGAAUGGAAAGACUGCAAGUUUUAUAAAAGUAUAGGGUAUUGCGUGCAACGAGCUGAAAAACUACUCGAGCUGUGUCCACGGACCUGUAAUUUAUGUGAUUCAUUAAAAGUUAAAGAAAACACAUGCUCAGAUAAAGAUGGACCAAUCGACUGCAAUUAUUUAAAAAAUCAAGGCGCUUGUUUUACUCAUGAGGCGCUGAUGAUUGAGAGGUGUUCAAAAACUUGUUCUCUAUGUGAUGCAAAAAGCAAGUGCGAUAUUUUAAAAUGUCCGAAAAACAAAGUGUGUGUAGUUGACAAAACAACAAACGAAGCUAAAUGUGAAUGUCCAACAUUUUGUUUGUAUAAAAAUGAAUACAAGAAAUUAGGAGUUGUAUGCGCAACAAAUGGGAUAACUUAUAAAGAUUACUGUGAUCUUUUAUACAGCAAUUGUCAAGAUGAACAUAAUGCCACUGUAGCAUUUUAUGGAACUUGUCCUGCAGAUGAGCCAUGUAAAGAUAGCGAACAAGAAAAAAAAUCUGGAUUUUGCGAUACAUGGAAAAAUAUGGGGUUAUGUGAAAAUGAUAAAAAUACAAUGAAAACUUACUGUUCCCGCACUUGCAAACUGUGUCCAGAAAAAAAAGCUCUUUCUCCACAGCACAUAUCGUUUGAUGGGCAGUGUUGGGAUAAAACCGCAAAAUCUUUGUCAAGCAGCAACAAAGAGUGUAAUGUUUGCAAAGACCGUUUCCCCGAAUUAUGCGUAAAAUUUAUACAAGAUUGCAAUUCUUCGUUCAAAAACGCACAGAGGUUUAUGAAAAUAAAUUGCCCGGCAUUAUGUGGAUACUGUUUAUCCGACCAUACCAAAAUUGGAAUAAAGAUUUUCAGUCAUAGCGGAAAAAAGUUAACAAAAACAUACUCCAAGUUGCUAAACACCUAAUUUAUUCUUUAAAAGAAAAAUUGACCAAGAUUUCUAGAGGAUUCCAUAAAGUGUGUUCAAAUAAAAGAGCUGAAGCUAUCAAAAAACCUAUGAAUCAUUCUUUGAAUAAAAGAUUUACUGAAGGUGAAGCAAUUUCUGAGGUUGUUAGGAUACAGAAAAAAUUUUUAAAACUCCCUCCAAAAUGUCGGUUGACGAUAUCAAACGUAUUAAAUCCAGAAUUCAUUAACGUAUGUCACGCACUUUUCACCGAUGGUGUUUUUUGAUUUAAAAAAAAAAUUAGAUACUUACAUACUGUUAUAAAAUUAUUUAUUUAU